AUGUCGUCCAACGGUUCUCUGGUUGAAAAGAAAGGAGAUGCUAAGGCUGGCUCCAAGAACGCGCUGGGUGCCUUUCGCGGCCCUGUCGCUGGCGGCGACGUCGAUGUUGAACGCAUCGAGGAUGUGUCUCUAGUCGAGCCUCCAGUAAAGCAGAAGAAGUCGCGCCAGCUGCGCCGUCACUUUGCGCGGUUCUGGUGCUGCUAUCUCUUCUGGAACAUCAUCUUCCUCGCCAUCUUCCUACCAAUCUUCUUCUUAAUCGUCAUUCCUGCCGUCGCUCAGCUGGUCGUCGACAAGUCAGACCUUGUGCUGGUUAACGCGCAACUCGUUGACCCACGCCCGGACUCCAUGAUGCUCACCCUCGAGGCUGCUCUGGACCUUGGAGUGAUAUUCCCCGUGCGCAUUGAGCCGCUCACGCUGUCUAUCUACAACCCCGAGGCGACAGGAAACGACACCAUUUUCAAAUCCACAAUCGGCGCCUCGAGAAUCGAUGGAAAUACGACCCUGGGCGUUAAGGAUGUCCGUACACCCUUGCACGUGUCCGAGUGGACCGACUAUGUCCAUAGAGUCGUCUUCAACAAGAACGAACCCCUACCAGUGAAGGGUUCGACCAUUACGUACAUUGGUAUUCUCAAAGCGCAUGUCCAUGUAGACAAGUUUAUCCAUCAGAACACACUCAAUUCAUUUGAGGGGUUCUCUAUUGAUGAGCCCCAGUUAAUAAAGAAAGAAGAGGACGGCACAAACCUGGUCGCAAAUGCAACCCUUCCAAACCCGUCUGUGAUGACUCUGCAGAUUGGAACCACCGUGCUCGACCUCAAGGCCGGUAACUACACCCUUGGCAACGCAACGAUCGAUAACCUCAUACUAUACCCGGGCAAUCACUCAGCCUCGGUAAGAGGCAUCCUCGACCUCGAAUAUCUCGUCCACAACCUGGGUGGAAUUCUCAAGACCCAAGGCGACGCCCUGAACAGAGGAGCCCUUAGCCUCACAGCCGUCGGAAGAUCUGUUACUCACGACGGCGAAGAUGUCCCGUAUUACACAAAAGUCAUGCAGGAGCUGAGCCUGACCGCCGAUGUCUCGAUUGCGGCACUACUCAAGAACACUGUACAUGGAGCCCUCCACCCCGAGGGAGAGCCGGGACUCCUCGACAACCUGACGGGCUCCAAGGGCGAUAAUAAGCUCCACGACGCUCUCGAUGGCAUUCACGAUCCGGACAACAGUUUAGGGCUGGAUAAAACCAGCUCAUAA